UGUCAGGGCAGCUUCAUCCCGAAGCUCCUUGCCCCAGUGCGCCUUCGCACCCUCAAGGUCGUUUCAAGCCAUCUUCCCCAGACAGCUCUCUCCUCCUCUCUUCAUAUCCUCCUUCAUCAUUCAUCCAUCAUCAUCUUCUCCUCCGAACCCCCAGAUCCAUCGGUAUCGUAUUGAUAUCGUAUCUGGUCGCGCCUCCAUCACCUGUGCCUCGACGGUUACAGCUUCUCUUAUCUCCCAGCUCCGUAUCUUAUCAUCGUCACCAUGAGAGUAGCGACCUCAACGCUACUGCUCGGCGCAGGCUCCGUUGCUGUAGCUCAGCAUGCGCAGAUCGUUCUUGGAGGCGUCCAGGAUGCCGUCAAGCCUAUCUUUGGCUCUGCUUCGGGCUCCGCCAAGUCUACCCUCGAGAAGAUCGAGGAGACUCUGGGCAAGAUCCCUGAGGACGCCAAAGGCCUCUGGGAUGAGAUGCAGCUCCUGGUCCCCGGCUUUAUGGAGAAGGCCCAGCACAUGAUUUCUACUCCCAAGCCUCACACCCGCAAGCCCGACAGCGAGUGGGAUCAUGUCGUCAAGGGUGCUGACAUUCAGAGCAUGUGGACCAAGACUAACGGCGAGGAACACCGCGUUAUCGACGGCUCCCUCGAGGCAUAUAACCUGCGGGCUAAGAACGUUGACCCUUCAGCUCUUGGUGUCGACAAGGUCAAGCAGUACAGUGGUUACCUCGACGACGAGGCUAACGACAAGCACUUGUUCUACUGGUUCUUCGAGUCCCGAAACGACCCCAAGAACGACCCCGUUGUUCUUUGGCUGAACGGUGGCCCUGGUUGCUCUUCCAUGAUGGGUCUCUUCAUGGAGUUGGGCCCUUCCAGCGUCGACUCCAAGCUCAAGCUCAAGUUUAACGAUUUCUCGUGGAAUGCAAACGCCUCGGUCAUCUUCAUUGACCAGCCUGUCAACACCGGUUACUCUUACAGCGGCAGAUCUGUCUCCGAUACCGUCGCGGCCAGCAAGGACAUCUAUGCUCUUCUCUCCCUGUUCUUCCACAACUUCCCCCAGUACGGCAAGCAACCUUUCCACAUUGCUGGCGAAUCUUACGCCGGUCACUACAUUCCUGUCUUCGCAUCUGAGAUCCUCUCCCACAAGAACCGCAACAUCAACCUCCAGAGUAUCGCCAUCGGCAAUGGUCUGACCGACCCCAAAACUCAAUACGCUGAGUAUCGCCCUAUGGCUUGUGGUGAUGACGGCAGCAACUAUGGCCCAGUUCUCGACGAGGCUGAGUGUCAGUCCAUGGAUAACGCUCUUCCUCGAUGCCAGUCUCUCAUCCAGAACUGCUACGACUCCGGCAGUGCUUGGUCAUGUGUCCCCAGCGCCAUUUACUGUAACAAUGCCAUGAUUGGACCGUUCCAGCGUUCUGGCUACAAUGUCUACGAUAUCCGUGAGAAGUGCAAGGACCAGGCUAACCUGUGCUACACCGAAACUUCAUGGAUCGCUCAAUACCUCAACAAGCCCGAAGUCAUGAAGGCUGUCGGCGCUGAGGUCAAUGACUAUGAGAGCUGCAACACCGACGUCAACCGUGCUUUCCUCUUCAACGGAGAUUGGUCGAAGCCUUUCCACCUGCUCGUUCCCGAUAUCAUCAAGCAGAUUCCCGUCUUGAUCUACGCUGGUGAUGCUGACUAUAUCUGCAACUGGCUCGGCAACAAGGCGUGGACUGAGGAGCUUGUCUGGAACGGCAAGGAGAAGUACAACCAGGCUAAGCUGUCUCCUCUUGAGGUUAGCGACAAGAAGUAUGGUGAGGUCAAGUCCAGCGGCAACCUUACGUUUAUGCGAAUCUACGAAGCCGGCCACAUGGUUCCGUUCAACCAGCCCGAGGGCUCAUUGGACUUCUUCAACCGAUGGAUUGCCGGCGAGUGGUACGCUUAGAUAGGAGCGCGAGUAGUAUGGUGAUAUAUAAGGCUUAGUUAGUCUUCAUACUUGCAGGAGUACACGGUUUGAUUCAAUGGUUUUUAUCAGCUGCAUCGUUUGUCUGGAUUUGGAGCUGGAUAUGUUUGUACUUGUGUCAUCUGGAUGUAAACUACAGAAUAGAAGCAAUGUCUAAUCUGACGA